AUGAAAUUCUUUGGUAAAGGUAAAAGAAGAAAGUUCAUCAUUAAAUAUAUGUCAAUUCUUCAUCAUAUCUUCCUUGGUUGGUAUAGUAAUAGUACUGUCAAAAAAGACAAAUUACAUUAA